GGCACGAGCGAAGGAGCACAUGGUACAGAACACAGACGGCUUGUAACCCGGACCAGUGAGGAAAUUAUGCCAAGCGCUUCAUCGCAAUCUUCCAUGCAGAUCACAGCGCAAAUGGAGAACAACGACCUGACCAAGAGUGUCUUGAGCUUGUUGGAGAAGAAAGUUCGUAAUUUGGAAAAGCGCAAGGGAAAGCUUGAUGGCUACAAGAAGCUGGUCGACGCUGGACAAUCAUUGAACGAUGAUCAAAAGCUUGCAGUUGGUCAGUUGAAUCAAGUUGAACAAAAUUUGGAAUUUGCGAGGGAUUUGCAGAAGAACAUCACUCAGAUUUGUAAUGAGCAUCAGAAACUCCAGAAGAAACUUGCCAAGCGUGAUCAGGCAGCCCAGGCAGCAGCACAACGUGAUGGUGACAUCAGCAAAGUGUGUCAAGUCUUGGAGUUGCAGUCAUUGAUGGACAAUCUUUCAGAAGAUGUGAGGGUGGACUUUUUAAAUGGCACAAAUGGUGCUGUGGUGGUGUCAGAGGAGAGUUUUGUUCAAAUUGAUGACUUUUACAAGUUGAUAACCCCUAAUGCUGAUGCUGAUGAACCAAUAAAGGAACAACAAAUGGCCGCUAGUCGUCACAUUGUGAAAUUUCUAGAGGGAAGCCCAGACUCAGUUGUGGACACAACAUACAAAGCACUCAAUGAGCUGGUUACAUCGAUCAAAAAAUGUGACUAUUUUGAGCAAUCACAAGGCAAUGGUGACAACAAUGAGGAUGAAGAGGAGGAGGAAGCUGCUGCUGAAGGUGACAAUGAUGAAGAUCAGGAAGGCUCAGGAGAUGAUAACACCACAGAGACGCAAAACCAGACAGUGGAAUCAACAAAUGGACCCUCAGAUACUCAAGUCAAUGGUGGAAACAAUACAACAACAAAAGUGAAAGAAGGUGGAAAUGUUGCAAUGUUUGUCUCUAAUGAACAUGGUCUGAACUUCCUCAGUGAAUCAGAGGUCGAAUCCAAACCUCCAGCUUCUGCAGAAAUACCUCCAGCUCUUGAAAAACAGAGUGAACAAGCUCCCCCUGGGAGCAAUACAGGUAGAGAUGAAGGAUGGGGUGAUCAGGGGGGUGAAGGAACACCAGGUGAUCAAGGGGAUGACACUGCAGGUUUCGACACAGUGCAUCAUUCUAAUGGAUAUUCACGUGGAGGACGCGGAGGUAGAGGUGGAUACCGAAGAGGAGAUGGUUACAAUCGUAGAGGGGGUCCACCUGGUGAGAGGGGAAAUAGGCGCGGCAGAGGAGGAUUUGGAGGACCUCCUCGUGGUGGAAGAGGGGGAUAUGGACAACAGGACCAGAGACAUGGUGGACCUUCUGGAAGGGGAUCUCGUGGUGGACCACGAGGAGGCCCCAGAGGUGAUCGUGGUGGACGCCGUGGGGGAGGACCCCCACAGUAAAUCCUUCUUUGUGCGAUGGAAUACAUUUGAAACUAAUCUUCAUUGAGUUAGGAAGAUUAUGAUGGAGCUUUUGGCAUAAUGUUACAAGAACUGACCUAGUUACAAGCUUUUAGACCCUGUGCAUGUAACAAGUGUGAAGCUGUCAGGCCUAUAUGAUAGUUAUUUAAGAAAAUUACAGGAAAAGAUGAACAAUAAGAGUCUUACACGUACCCUAUCACUUGAAGACACAAAUCUUUUAUUACUAGUGGGUUUUGGCGGACAUCUUCCACUGAAAGAAAACUUCCUGAAUGACGGGAAUCUUCCGAAAGAUUUAUAAAUAUUUCUCUUCAACUGCAACAAGUGUUUCUUUAUGAAAGCCAUUGACUUCUACGGGAACUUGACAUAAAAUAUGGUGAAAUAUGCAAACAAUGAAAACUGCUUUUCUAAGUGUGUACAGUAAUGGAGAUCUCCUCUUCAAAAUAUAAAAGCAGAAGAACUGCAA